UGACUACCUACCAUCAAUCACGUUUGUUGAAAGACGAAGGCGUUUUCGAAAUUAACAGCAUCGCCAUAUAAUUAAAGUUAGUAUUUUUAUUCGAUAUUACGAAGGAGUACAAUGUCGCAACAAAGCAUUGAAAAUCUCACGUUGGAUUUGGAAGAGCUCCGUCGGCUGGCCGAGAGCGCAACACGGACUCGUGUACAGCAGAUGCUGUCUAUUAACAUUCGCAAACUGGAAACCGAUCUUGAACAGCAGAAGAAUGCUUUGGCCAGUAAGGAAUCACAAUCAUCCCCAUCCGCCAAACCACCUGCGUCGGUUCCGGGUGAUUGCAAACGCUACCGUGUCGAGCUGAAAGAAUACGCCUGGGAUCAGAGUGAUAAAUUUAUCAAAAUCUUCGUUACGGUCAACGACGUUCAGCAGGUUCCGGAGGAAAAUGUCAACGUUGAGUUCACUGAAAAUUCAUUUAAUCUGCUCAUUGGUAACCUAAACAACAAGGAUUACACAUUCGUUGUAAAUCAUCUGCUGAACGAGAUCGAUCCGGUUAAAAGUUACCGAAAGGUAAAGUCUGACAUGGUCGCUAUCUAUCUGGCGAAGCAGAAACCUACCAAGUGGGCUCACCUAACGUUGACUGCCAAGCGCCUGCAAGAUAUGAAAGAUGAACGGUUAUCGAAGAACUCAAAAGAAACCGGUGAUGAUCCAUCCGGUGGACUGAUGAAGAUUAUGCAGCAGCUGUACGACAGUGGUGACUCGGAAACGAAACGAAUGAUCAACAAGGCAUGGCACGAAUCGCAGAACAAGAAAAGUGAACUGAAAGGAGCUUCCUACGUCGAGUAGAAAUGGACAUUUUUCACACAAACUUGUAAUGUUAGAUAUAGGUAGAUAAGCUAAAGAUGUUCCACAUAACAUGGGAAUCUUAUGUAGAAUAACAGUGACUGUUCUUUUUAUGGUAAAGCUUCAACCUGCAAUGCAAGUCCUGUGGACCUAGUAGAUACGGUUGCUAAUUCGAAGAUAGAUCAAUAAUGUAAAAUUGCUUUUAAAUCAAGGUAUAACUUUCGCUUAUUUUUGAUGUCUGAUGUCAGUAAUAAGCAAGCGUCUCGAUUAACAUGGACAUAAGUACUUGAUCAAACUUAUUUUGAUUAGAAUUGCUAUGCUAUUUUGAAUUCUGAUCAGAAUGGGUUUGUAAUUUAAAUGUUAAAAUGUAUUUGAUCUAAAUGUAAUGUCGAGACGAGUGUCAAAGUAUAAAAGUACAAAGUGUACUGAAAUAUGAAGUACCGAUAGUUGAUUCGGAUUCGGAUGGCUGGUAUCGAUAGCCGGGAUGUUCGCGGCAUCACUAUGCUUUCUGGGCCACUGUUAUUCUUUAUACGAUUCUACUAGUUCUGCUCUUAUACUAUGCCGAAUUAUAUAAUACUUAAAAAUAAAAG